AGUAUAUUUAAAUCAAUUUAGUCGUCGUGUUUAUAUAAUUAUAAGUGUAAUGGAAAGGCUAUGUAUUGUUCAAAAUAAAACUUACGUGUGUACAUAAGGUUACUUGUGGUUGUUAUUUAAAUUAGCGCGAAUAAAAGAAAAGUAAUAGAUUCUUUAUGCGUACUCUUAUUGGAUUGUUGCAGUUCGAUAACAAUAUAUUUGAUCCGUGCGACGCCGUUAUCGAUAAUAUCAUACUGUAUGCCAUCUCUAGGUGGACGCCGCAAAGUAGUUGUACUGGCGCUAUUUGCAAAAUGUCUAAACAAUAUGGUCUUAUCAUACCUGGACAACAAAAGAAACAAGAUGAACCAACCGCUGCUGCUCGGCCCGUAUCCAAACCGUCUAUAUUUGAUGAAAGCUCCUCCGAUGACGAGAGCAGACCACAGUUUAAACCACGCAUAAGUGUAGCGCAAGGACCUAGUUUAAUGGAACGACGAAUUGCACGUACCAUGCAGGAGAAGGCAUUAAAGGAAGAUCCUACGGUUUUUCAGUAUGAUGAACUUUACGAUGAAAUGGAGAGUAAGCGAGAACAAGAGCAAGAAGUUAAAAGCAAAGAACCGAAGAAGCCCAAAUAUAUUGGACGUUUAAUGGAGUUCGCUGAACGUCGCAAGCUGGAAAACGAGCUUAGGGUGGAGAGACAAGUGCAAAAAGAACGCGAGGAGGAGGGUGAGGAAUUCAAGGACAAAGAAAGUUUUGUAACCUCAACUUAUCGUAAGAAGUUGGAAGAAAUGCGAAAGCUGCAGGAACAAGAAAAGCGCGAUGAGUACUUGGAAGCAAUCGGCGAUGUGACGAAACAAAAAGAUUUAGAUGGUUUCUAUAGGCAUUUAUUUGAACAGAAAACUGGGUCGACUAAAGAGGUUAAGAAACCGGAACUACCCGUGGUUACAUCUGCCGGCGAUGAAGAUGAUGUAGCAUAUAAACCAAUAAAGUCUGGCAAAGUACCGCAGCAACGUAGCUACCGCAAACGUCGUGCUUCCGAUGAAAUGGAGGAAGAAGACGCUGCCAAUACAGAAGCGGAGAUCAAAAAAGUGCAUUUACAAAACAAUAUCGAUGCAGAUUCGGACUUUAGCAUUGAUUCAUCAUCUGAUGAUGAUGAAGAGGAAUCUAAAAAAGCCGUAGCCGAUAAAACGGUUGAGCAGACUAAAGGUUUAGCAGCACACAAUAAUGCAAACACAACCGCUUUAAAUCUUGACGCUUUAAAGAAAGAAAAACCCGAUGAAAAAAUCGAAAAGAACGAUUCAAAAACUGAAUUGCCUGCUCCAAUAGUGUCAAGUGAAACCUGUGAUUUGGUCGAAGUAAAACCCAAGGUCAAAAUAGAUAAGACUGCUAUAUGGAAGAAACGUACUGUUGGUGCAGUUUAUGAGGCGGCCGUACAACGUUAUUAUGAACGGCGAGCAGCGAGGACAGGAUAAGCCUGUUUUAUAGAAAUAAGAAGAAAUAAGAAUAGUCAAGAUUUUAGUCAAUCAAUCAAUAUACAUUUAUAAG